UAAACAACCCGUCACGUGUAUCGCCCCUAGUGUGUACAACCUACCUGAGCGAUACUAAACUAAAUUUGUCGCCAGGCUGUAUUUCAGUCUGUCCCUUCCUUCUGAGUGCGACACAGGACAAGCCACCAACCAGUGUCGCCUAGACGCUGCUAUGUGCGGGAUAUCCUAUCAUAUGGAGAUAAGAGAAACCAACCGGGUAGACAACAACGACUGAAGCCUAACAAGACUUGCAAUGAUAUUCUUCAACAAUUAAAAAAAACCGUGAUGUGAUAAUUAACUAGGAACUGAGCCAUCAAACUCCUUACUGAACCAGGUUGACCAUUCUGACUGACACAAGGUGUGGAAGUACCUGUGGGAAGAUGCACCUGUACCGGCCCAAGGUUCCUGUUUGUGUGGCGAUGGGAUGUAGUGGGGUGGCCUUGGCGAUCCAGCUUGCGGCGGUUAUCGGAACCGGGUGGAUGGUGUACAAGAACACUUACUCUGUUUACUCGUAUUUCUCAGAGGAAGGAUUGUUCCGUUAUUGCAAGGAAAUCACUGAAAUUUGUUAUACAUAUGAUGAGCGUAAAGGUCCCUCAGACUGGGCUAAAUAUUGUCAGCUGUUCUCCAUUCUGUCACUGGGGGCUAUGUUCAGCAGUUGUCUUCUCGGAAUUCUGCACAUUUUCAGACAAGAGACACAGGCACUGACACAUCUUGCUGCUGGUGUGAACGGGGUCGCAGUCGUUUACAUCGCAGUGGAAGUGGGUGUGUUCGCUGGUGAGACUAAGGACAUGGUAAUAGAUACUGCGUCAUUAACUGUUUCAUACGGGUACUGUUUCUACCUGUCGAUCGUUGCUGGUGUGUUGAGUGUCGUCACCGCCAUCCUUUACGUCGUCGGAAGAGUCCCAGUCCGUCAGUGAGUUAAUGACUCACUCCAUGGUAUCAGACGCACGCUGAAAACUGUCAUCGAAGUGUUUCUUGUGUUGAUAAACAUUGCUUGAUGUUCUCCGCAACCCCGUGUUUUCUAAGACAAUAAAUGUCUAUAAUAAUUUGUAAAAUA